ACACUCAUACACAGUGAGAGCGAUAUAAAGAUGGGUGCCAGCUAGUGUGGACACAAGUUUCCUCCACAAAAUUCAAACACCUCUCUUCACUUCUGUCUAGACCACGACCACUCUUGUCUUCAACUCGAACACAACACUCUCCCAUAAUAUAUUUGUCUCUCUUCACUCUUCACUUCACAAAAACAAAACAACCCAGCAAAUGAUUUUAUCUCCACAUGGGUAAGACAACACGGUGGCUCCGCUCUCUUUUCACCAAGAAACACCCGCCGUCCACCGCCGAGGCUCGUCGGAGUGUUAGAUCUAGUGGUGGGCCCACCUCGUCAUCUUCUUCUUCUGUUGAUGCUAACAAGCAUGCUAUUGCAGUGGCGGCGGCGACUGCUGCUGUGGCCGAGGCGGCGCUUGCGGCUGCUCAGGCGGCUGCUGAGGUUGUGAGGCUGACCAGUGGUGGGGCCGCUCAAGGUGGGAGGUGUGGGCCCGGGUAUGGCAGAGAGGCUAGAGACCAGAGGAAGGAAUGGGCUGCUGUUGUUGUGCAAUCUGCUUUUAGAGCUUAUUUGGCAAGAAGGGCAUUGAAGGCACUGAAAGCAUUGGUGAAGCUCCAAGCACUGGUAAGAGGCCAUAUUGUGAGAAAGCAGAGUACACAUAUGCUCCAGCGAAUGCAGGCUAUGGCCAGAAUCCAGGCUCGAGCAUGUGCAUAUCGGGUUUACACUUCAGAAUCACCGCAAUCUAGCAGCAAGUCAUCCCAAUCACACCAAACUGGCAUUUCAUCUUUUGAAACAUUUGAUCACCAGGUCCGUACUUAUGGUAAAAGAAAUGAGUCACCUCUCAAGAGAAAUAGUUCAAAAUCUGGUAUCAAGGACAAUGUUAGACCAGAGAGCAAAAAUGUUGGCUCAAGUUGGUUAGACCAAUGGAUGGAAGAAAAUUCGCGAAACAGGCACAAGGACACCUCAUCUAAAAUCAGCCAAGCUGAUGAUGAGAAAAGUGACAAAAUCCUUGAAGUGGACACUUGGAAGCCUCGCAUGAAUCUCAGGCAAGGUGGCAAAGUCUUCCAGAGUUCACAGCAUAUUCCAGCUUGGAAUAAAAAUGAAGUCAUGUUCACACCUUUCGACUCGCUAUCGAGGCUCUCAACACAAUCUCAGAAUUCCAACCCAGGUUCAGUUCGUCAGGAGAUCUUACAUUUAAAAUCCCUGCAAAUGCGUCAUGAAGUUGAUCAAGCAGCAGUUUGGGCUGUUGAAAACAGCCCUGGAGCACGCUCAAUUUCAUCUAGACCAGGGAGCAGUGGUAGUAGAAGAGGACCUGCGACCCCUGCUAGAAGUGAAUUUUCACAGAACUACUUCAGCGGUUACAUAGGUCACCCAAACUACAUGGCCAACACAGAAUCAUAUCAGGCUAAAGUUAGGUCCCAGAGUGCUCCAAGGCAGAGAAUGGACUUUGAGAGACCCGUUUCAACUAGGAGAUUUGCUGGUGGAUAUAUGGAUGAGGAAACCAGCUCAGAUCGGGGCUGGCCUUUACAUGGUAACAUAAACUUCAGGAAUAGAGUUCAUCAAGAUACUGGGCGCUCGCAUAUAACUGCAAUGCAGUACCAAGGUUAUGAACCUACAUAUGGAAAUAGAUGAUAAUGUAGUAACUUUCCCAAUGAUGUCCGACUAAGACGUAUCUUAACAUGAGCUUCCUGGUGGAUAAGAUCAAUACUUCAACAUCAGAACUUUGAUUUGACAAACUGUGAAUUGUGGUUGACCCUUUUUGUUUCAAUGGUUGUUUUCUGUUGGGUGUUUAAAUUCUAAAUUAUUUCGUGUAAAAAUGUUGUUGACUUGGGAAAGUUAAUUGUAGGAAGAGAAUGAUGUUUCUGUAUAAAUUAUCAUACUGCAUUUUGUUACAGAGACCAAAUUUUCUCAAGUUGAUUCUUGUUUAUCCUCA